UCAUACACAAACUGCACUCAGAGCCAGUCAGUCACACACUGAUCUCACUGAGAGAGAGUCACGCUUGUUUCUGUUGACAAUCUCGUUGUGUUUUGUUGGAAGUUAUGGAGAACUCCUUCCAUCGAUUUAGGAAGUGGAUAGUGAGACACGGCGUUGCUGGUGAAAAGACUGGGAGCCUGUGCAGACAGGACAACCCUGGUGGCUUCAAUAGCAAGUCCAGGAUCCUAGACCUAGAGAGGGCUGAGAGGGCUAAGAGGGCUGCGUUAACUCGCCACGCAGAAAAGAUGUGCACUGCGGAGAAAGCCCGAGGUGAUGCUGUUCUGGAGAGAAUGGGACUCUCCACUCAGGUCACCCUGCCUUCACCUCCACCACCAGCUCUUCCCAGAGGAUACGCAAAAUCCAAAAGGAGGAUCAGCCCUCUUUUAGAUGUUCCUCGUGUGAAUGAAGAGGACAUCAACACAAACCAGAGGAGUCGUGAAAGUUUGGACGAGGAGGACGAGGACUCCUUCUGGAACAAAGUGCAGGUUGGCGGCCAGAUGGCUGCCCUUGCAUGUGAGGCAGACAGAGACAGGAGCCCAAGUAGUUCUAUCAGCUCUGUGUCCUGCCUCAGUCCUGUAGAUACUCACACACCCCGUGAGCUGAGGGCCAUUUGUCUGUUUAAGGAUUCAUUCAGACCAACUCCUCCUCCUCUUCCUCCUCGAGCAGUUUCACUGUCAAGGAGGAGAGCGUCUCGUCUGCCUGUUUCUGCCAAAUACAGCAGAGCAAUCAAGGAGGUAGCCGACGGAUGUAGGCUAGCCCCAGCCCCAGCUGCGCCCAAGAGGACCCCUGUAGCUGCGCCAAAGAGGACCCCUGUAGCAAUUACAAAGAGGACCCCUCAAGCAGCUCCCGAGAGGUCAAAGGUUGAGCUGCAGCCAUUGGCCAAACCUGUGGAGAGCCUGUCUGUGUGCCUCGAGCAGCUCUCCUCAGACGAUUGGAUGAAUAAAAUCAAUGGAUUGAAAACAUUGCAAGCUCUGGCACGGCACCACUCAGAGACCCUGAAGACCAGACUCCAUGAAGUGUGUCUGGUUCUCAUUCAGGAGGUGAAUAACCUGCGCUCAGCAGUGGCCUGUGCAGCGAUGAACAUCAUAGCCGAGCUAUAUGUCGCCCUCCAGAAGGCCAUGGACCCGAAGGUGGAAAGCACAGGCCGAGCCCUGCUGCUGAAAUUUGGAACAACAACGAAUGCCUUCAUUCACCAGGAGGCCAAUCAUGCACUGGAUGCCAUGGUGGAAAACUGCAGCCCUGGUCGGGUCGUGACCGUUCUGUUGAGCACGGCGCUGAACCACCGUUGUGUCGCAGUAAGAGGCAACAUGGCCCAACACCUGCACCAGCUGGCUCACAGCCUUGGAGCAGCUCACAUCUUAACAGCAGGAAGGAGCUUCACCGAACGCUUCCUUGUUGCUGUCUCUAAGAUGUGUUUGGAUGCCGCUCCAGUAGUGCGGCACUACGGCAGAUUAAUCCUCCAGGAGCUGGCUCUCCACAAGGACUUUCUGAGCCUGUGGAGAAAGAUCGUUCCAGAAAACAACAGAACAUCACUGGACAAGAUCCUAAAGCAAGCCAAACUGUAAAAGAGGAGAUCUGCAAUAUUUAUUAUUAUUAUUUUAUUUUAUUUCUAUUCAUUUUAUUCUAUUUUAUUAUUAUUAUUAAAGCAUUUUCAAUAAAAAUGUAAAAAGUAAA